GCCAUCCAGUUCCCCUUGUGGCCUUAGGAGGCGCGCUGUGUCGGGAUGCAUUAACAGAGAUGAUAAGAGUUGGAGAAUCUGAGAUAACAAAGUGUAGAGCUGGAUGAAUACAGCAGGCCAAGCAGCAUCAGAGGAGCAGGAAAGCUGACGUUUCAGGCCCAGACCUUAGGGAUCGAUGCAGGGCCCGAAACGUCAGCUUUUGUGCUCCUCUAAGAUACUGCUUGGCCCCACACUGUUACCUUGGAUUCUCCAGCGUCUGCAGAUCCCAUUAUCUCGGACCGAUGCAGUCCCCCUGGUGGUCGGAGGGGGCGCGCUGUGUCGCGCUGCAGUACCCUGGGCGUCUGUAGGGGGCGCAGUAGGCGGAACAGGAGUGUCGAGGAGCGGAAGUGGCGGGUGUCUGGAGCCGCUCCCAUGGCGACCCGAGCGCUGCAGGAAUGGGCCCGUCUACAGGUGUUGGGAUACCCGGGGGUCGAGGUGACGAACAUGAGCUCGAGCUUCAGGGACGGGCUUGCCUUUUGUGCCAUCAUCCACCGGCACCGCCCUGAGCUGAUAGACUUUGAUUCACUCUCCAAAGAGAAUGUCUAUGAGAACAAUCGCCUGGCAUUUGAAGUGGCUGAACAGGAAUUGGGAAUUCCAGCGCUCUUGGACCCAGAGGAUAUGGUGGCCAUGCGUGUUCCAGACCGUCUCAGCAUUCUGACCUAUGUUUCUCAGCUCUACAACUAUUUCACCAACCAAACCCACGCUGGAGUUCCCCCCUCCAUGAAGAGACCUGCUGGAAUAUCACCAUCAGAACCAUCGAUCAAAAAACCAGUCACCGUGAGCAAACAAGUCCUCUUACCAAAUAGUCACUCCUCAGAGGAAGUUGCUGAGAGGCCUCGCUGGAAUACGCUCAGCAGCACAUGUGCAAUUUGCAGCAAGCACGUUCACUUGGUGCAGAGAUACUUGGUGGAUGGGAAACUAUAUCAUCGCAACUGCUUUAGGUGUAAGGAGUGCUCCAGUACUCUGCUCCCUGGAGCCUAUAAACCUGGCUCAGAUUUGGGCACUUUUGUCUGUACGCACCAUCGAGGGCAAGUCACCGGUCGGCUGCAACGUCCUCUGUCCGUUCUGCAAUCGCAUCAGGGCUCUGGCUCCUUGCCUGCACAGACACUUUCAUCAGCUACCCCACUGUCAUUGCACUAUUCCCUAGGAACCACAGAAGGAUCAGAAGAUGAUAAAGGCAGCCUGUCAUUAGAGCCAAAAGUAAACGAAGAGGAAGGAGUGGAGCCAUCAAGCACCCAAGAGGGCCUUUCCAUUUCAGUUAAGCAGCUUUCUGCAGCCUUUUCAGUCUCCACUGAGAAGAGCCACCCUAGCACUGGCACAGCAUCAGGACUGCUGGAGCUUUCCAACAGUUCUGAUUACAAGGGCACAUCAGAGCCUGAAGUGGAAUCUCACCUAACAAAGGAAGCACGAAGAUCAUCAGACUCUUCUGAUCCCAAAGAACAGGCUGAGCAUGAGAUGGGCGAACAGCUGUUAUCAGGACUGGAGCCAAAACUGCAAGAGUCUCAGAACAAGCAGCAGCAAGCAACAAAUAUGGACAUGGGCAAUGCCACAGAGAAUGUGGUGAACAGCAACACCUCGGGGACUCCAGCCAGAUAUGUCAAUGAAAGCCAGAACACAAACUUCGUUUCAGUAAACAAAACAACGCCUGAUGAGAAGCUGAAGCCUCCGAUUCCUGUCCCAAGGAAAACGAUUGACUCUGUAUCAUCACCCAUAGCAACCCCACAUCCAGUGCCUCGACCACGAAUUAGCUUUGGUGGUGGUGGAACAAGUGAAACAUCUGUCCAAAAACCGGAAGACAGUUUGCUGGUAAAUGGAGGAGUGACUGAGCAAACUGCACCCAUACCAAAGCCACGUGACCGUCCGCAAACCUUUACAGAGAGGAAAGGCGAAGACAACAAACCUAAAGACCAUCCUUGGAUGGCAUUGGUGAAUUCCGAAGUGAAGAGAAGACCCGCGCCCCCCCGGCCCGGAGCACCCACCAACCCCAGCAGCACUCAGCAAGAAACCACAGAAUCUGUUCCCUUAAAUCCGUUUGAAGUGGAUGAGGAGGAGGAAACAAGCAAUGUGUCUGAGAAAGUGCAGAGUGCAGCACCCAUGGAAACAACUCCCAAAUCAAACCAUCCAUGGUAUGGCAUUCAACCAGCCAACAGUCCUAGGAGCAAGAAGCGGCCUGCACCCCCAGCACCAAAUGCAUCCCCUUCAGCCUCUCGUUCGCUCCAGUAUCAGACCCACAAUUCUUUAGUUUCUGAACCAAGUCCAUCCCCUUCCCUGAGCAUGGAGAGUAUUUCUGGGAAUUCUGCAAAGUCUACUCCAGAACUGCAUAGAAAAUGUGAAGCUGAGGCAGCCGAUAGUCCAGCUACAGACAGCAGGAGUCCUGCCACAUCCAAUGGGAGUCCGAUAGCCAGUGAGACCGCCCUGUCAAAUACUGAGAGUCCCACACCAUCCAGUUAUCACCGACCUCCACCGAAGCCUCCCGUCAGCCGUAGCCCGAGGUUACCUGCUCAUCCAUCCCCUGAAACAAACAGGGUAAAACUCUGCAGCACUGACCUUCAGCCAAAGUCUUCAUGCAAAGAAAAUCCAUUUGACAGAAAAUCCAGUCCAACUGGACUAACUGCUCCACCCCGCCCUCGGAAAGGACCAAAACCAGCACGUCCUCCAGCCCCAGGACAUGGAUUCCCAUUGAUUAAGCGCAAGGUGCAUGCAGAUCAAUAUAUUCCUGAGGAGAACAUCCAGGGAGAGUUGGAACAACUAGAACAGAGCCUGGAUGAACUAGAACAUCAUGGGGUUGCACUGGAGGAGAAACUUCGCAGCUGUGACAAUGAUGAAGAUGAAGAUGAUCUCCUGGUUGAUUGGUUCAAACUAAUCCAUGAGAAGCACAUGCUGGUUCGUCGUGAGUCAGAGCUAGUUUACACUUUCAAACAACAGAAUCUGGAGGAGCGGCAAGCUGAUGUGGAGUAUGAACUGCGCUGUCUGCUCAACAAACCAGAAAAAGAUUGGACAGAUGAGGAUCGAGCGCGAGAGGCAGAAUUGAUGCAGGAGUUGAUUACAGUCAUCGAGCAAAGAAAUGCUAUUAUCAACAGCCUGGAUGAAGACCGGCAGCGAGAGGAAGAAGAGGAUAAAUUGCUGGCAGCAAUGAUAAAAAACAAAGAUUUUCACAAGGAUUCCAAUAGUGAAAUAAAGAAGAAGUUAAAAUUCAAGCCCAGCAAGAUGUUGAAAUUUCUAGGCAACAAGCCAGAAGUAAGGUCAAAAACUGCCAAAGAGAAGAAUUUAUGAUUGGUGGAAAUGCUGAAAAGAAUGGGAAGCUGCGUGUGUAGCACAGCUGACUUUGACCAACAGGACUACCCCUUUUGGGACUGGUUCAACUUGACAGCAUCUGGUGAUUGUUCAUAGAAAGAAGAUGUGGUCUCACACUGACGUUAGACAGGCCCGUCAUUGUGCUGGCUGAGAUUAUUUACUAUGUAUCCUUAGUUUAUGUGCAAUAGAAGUCACUACAGUCCUGUAUAAUUUAUGUUUUAGUGCAUUUUACACAACGGCUGAGACACAUUCAUUAGUCUUUCUCAAGCUUCAGUCUGCAUUUUCCCACUCUCCAGUUUUUUGUGCUGUUUCAAAGGUACAGGCUCGGGACCAGCCUGUGCAUGACCCUGUUGUUGUUUUCUGUGGCCAAGUCAAACUGGCAUCACUUAUUGCUGUGGAGUUUUGUUUAGUGUGUGAUGUUCUGUUCAGUUCCUGCUAUGCAGUGCCCUUUCACUGCACAAAUAGUUGUCGCGAGACCUAACAACUCUCAACAGUUCUGAACUCACCAGGUUGUUACCUGCCUGUGUGUGCUGGUUAUCUUGUGGUACAGCAUGUACUAUUAAUCUAUCACUGCAAGAGUUUUAUAAAUCUUUCCCAGUUGCAACUGAAAUCUUUGCAAAGAAGCUAUCAAAAUCUCCCAAAACAGUACCUUACCAGUGACAACAUAUCAAUGUCUUGUGCACACAUACUGACACUUAGUACAGUGCGCUGUAUACUCUGGAGAUAAGGAGCACUGACAAUGCUGCGGAUGCAGUUGCUGGAUUCUGGUGUGGUGGCUGGAACCAUAAGAUUCUGUGUCAUGGCUGAGAUUGGUCUAAAUAAUUUCUUCACUGUAUUGCCCAAUGCCAGUGAUGGAUACUAUUUCUUAUUAUCUUAUUUACCCAUUGUUGAGAGUCUGAACAGAUCAAUAGAAUGAUUACUGCCCUCUGCUUAUCAGUAAUCAAGGUCAGAGGGUAUCCUUAGCCAAUAACUGACUCUGCGUGGCCAGAAUCCAACUUGAUCACUAUCUGUGGAGUUAUGAUGCCAGUUACUGCUGCAAUUACUGUGUCUCUCUUCUGCUAGAUAAAAGCAGUCUUUUUAAUGCAGAGAGCGCUUAAAGCAAUGAAUCAUGAUCAGACACUGGGCACUCUGCAUCCAAAUCAUGAGCGGUCACAGUGACAGAAUCAACAUGUUUGAGAAUGGAUAAGCAGGGCUGGAGCCCAAGGUGUUCAGAUGUUUCUCAAGACUCUCUCAUAUGUCACAUAGGUUUUGCUGUAGAUCCCAAAUGGUUGUUGUUGAGACAUAGUGCUGACACCAGUCCACUGCUCAUUAUGAGCAUGGCUUUAUUCCUGAAUUUUGCACCAUACGAGUAAAUAAGAAGCACUUUUCAGAAUGAAACAGAAGUGACAAUGUGUGUUCAUGAUCUUUAUAGAAUCUUUGCGCUAUGGACCUCCAACUCAUUAUUUAUCAUCAGGGGAAUAUCUGAACAGUAACAAAGCUGCAGAUUGAAAACUUCAAAACUGAAUACACUCAAUUCUGCUACAGUUGUCAUAUUCUCACAUCACUUCUGUUAGAGUUAAGUUUCAGAAGUGAGACACUGAUUGAUGCAAACAAUGCUUAGCAGUAGAGUUUGUUAUCUGUGGAAAGUAAGGAGUACGAACGUAAUCUGAGCAUGCGAAUUGAGCACAAUGCAAGCAGCUGUUUUGACAGAGUGCAGCUGCAGGCACUGGGUGGCUUUAUGGUUUAAUUUAUUAUCUGUAAUGAAGGUCAUGUCCAUGAUAAUAUUGUGCUUCAAGUCUCUCAACUUGCACUGUACUGUUGAUGUAAUUCUUCACCAGGUGCAAUCUGAAACCUUCAUUGGUUUUUAAUCUGCCAGUCACAGUGCCCAUCCUGCAAUAGAUCCACUCUAGCGAUGGGCAUUUACCCCGAGCUGGUGAAUGACUGUGCUUUCGACCUGAGCCUAACCCUCAGCACGCUGAUGGGCUGCUAACACUAACCUGACAGUAAAGGUCUUCGUAUCUGAUUGAUUAGGAUUUAAAUGGUCAGUUCUAUCUUGUGAAGGUUCAUUUACACUUGAACACAGAACCAACAAACAACUAAACAUUAUUUUGCAUUCUCAAACAAACUGAGUUUUAUCAGGGGCUUUCAGAUUUGUGUUUUGAAACUUUAUGCUUCCAGACAUUUGAAUGCAAAAUACAUACAUUGCUCUAAGCUGUGGCAUAUACACAGUUGCCCUAGUUAACAAUUUAUUUUUGUGAUUUUUAUGUUCUUAGUAUUAAUUAUAUUUCUAUCUAACACAUACAGGAACAGAUGCCAAAUAUAAGCCUUAAUUCAAUUUAAUGUCAAACCUUUUAUUGAUAGCUUUUUUAUACUAACUGUAGAAUGAGAAUUAGUGCCAUUUCUUUUGUUUUGGUAGUUAUAAAGUUGCUGUCUUCAAGUGAACUGAAUGGUUUUGCUAAUGCAGAUAUUUUCUUUAGCUGUUACUCUGCCUUACCUAUUUGUAUAUAAUAUUUAUUGAAACACCCAAACACUGUUCUAAAGCUAUAUUAUUCUAACAAAAUGGGUAAAAUUGAGACAAAUAAAAUGAAAUGUUGUCCAA